CUAAAUUGGGAGACUUGCCAGACAAAUAAUUAUAUGCUUGAUAUAUUGGAUUUACUUUAUGCGAAGUAUCCAUCAGAAGACAACGCUGCACAAAUUGGGAAAAAACUUUCCUCGUCGUUCAAACUAACUGACGAAGGCUACUGUUACAACUAAACUUAAGAAACACCCACAAUGCAACAUUAAUAAAUUCAUGCAAUUUGAGAUAUAAAAUGGCGGACGUUUCGGAAGGAUUUGGGGAUUGCGAUAAAUAUUUUGAAGGCUGUCUGCUAAAUACAAAAGAAAUUUUGGUGAAAGAUAUUGAAAAACGAUCGGGAGAAAAGUUAAAAGAACCGUAUAUUGUGUAUUUAAUUGAAACCAGGUGUUUUAAUUCACAAAAUGAUGAUGCACAGCAAUCUUCCUGCUUAUGGCGCAGAUAUAGUGAAUUCGAUUUGUUAAGAAAUUAUCUACAAACCACUUAUCCCAGUGUGAUCAUUCCUCCAUUACCAGAGAAAAAGACAAAUCUUGCUGCAUUUCGAUUGAAUGCUGAAAAUUAUAACAUGGAGUUCAUAGAAAGAAGACGUCAUGGCUUGGAGGUUAGUUUUUUCUUACAUCGAAUUGCAAAGCAUUCGCAACUUGGCUUGGACGAGUAUUUUAAGUCAUUUCUUGCGCAGGAAGAAGGUUGGAAAGAGUCAGUUGUUGAGAGUGGAUUUCAAAGCAAGGCUGAAUCGAAGUUCAAAAGCAUAAGUGCAUCGUACAGCGUGAAAAAGCCGGACAAAAAAUAUGAAGAUAUGAAAAAUUACUCGCAAACUCUAAAGUUCAACAGAAAAUUUCCGAGAAGCAGUUAAAUAUCCAUAGAGAGCAUGCAAAUUAUGGGAAAAUAUUCAGUGAGUGGAGCAGUAUUGAAGAUGAAAUGGGCAAUGCUUUGUAAAAGGCCGGUCACUACAUGGACAAUUUUGCAUCCGCCAUUGAUGAUCUUCAAGAAGAAGAAGAAUGUCGUUAUGUAGAUAAAUUGAAGGAGUAUCACCCUUAUGCGGAUUCAAUCAGACAGAGGAUGGCGAAGAAGGAAAGAAAAGUGGUUUGUGGAAAGGACUUUCUUCAAAAAUAUUUGGUGGCGACAAUCCCAAGGCGCGGGAAGCCAAACUUCAAACUUUAGAAACUCAAAUUGAAGAAUCAGAAAAUGCUGUCACUAAUAUGCAACAAGAGUUGAGUUCAUUCACUAAAAUGGCGGACAAAGAUUAUGAACAAUUUCAGAAACAGCGUGACAGUGACGUGAAGAAUAUUUUGAUCGAACACAUAAAAACACAGUUAAAGUUGUGCAAACUGGGAAUAUCAACUUGGGAAAACAUGAAGGGGGCCUUCGAGGGAAUGGCGUGAAUGAAAGUUUUACACUUGCACAUUUCAUUUUCUCGAUUUUGGUAAUGGAGCGAAAAAUUUCCAUUUAAUUACAAUAAUUCUAUUUUGGUCCAAUCGUAUUAUUAGUGAUAUAUUCAAUUGUAAUUUGGAAUAAAUUUUUGUAGAUGUGAUUAUUUUCAAUUAACGAUUACAUUACCUAAUUAUGCAUGUAUAAUUUUCUAUGCUGUUGUUUCUUUGUAAUAAAAACCAAAAGAAAAUUGUUAAAUACAAAAAUUGACGUCAAAA